AUGAGUAGCUUGUUAGGACUUAAUUAUUAUGACGAUGACGAAGACGAUCAACAAGCCGAGAAUGACAUGGUUACUGUAGAACAAAGUAAUAACAUUUUGGGUAAACACUUUUCACCCUCCCCAUCAGUUUUCUCUAAUCUGAUUCGUCGGAGAGGCAACAACACAAUAUCACAAAAGCCCCGUUAUGAAGAAUCUACUUCACCAAAAGUUACUGGGAAUACACUGCCACCACAAUCAGAUACAGUUAACUGCCCAGAUAAGCAAGAAAAACACAUAAGUGAUGAUAAUCCAAUAAUACCGAAUGAACAAAUAUCGACGGAUGAUUCUGAAGAUGUCAGACAACAUUCUGCUAUGCGACAAUUAUUGACACCAAAACCUAUUGAGGGAAGAGAAAACUGGGGAAUUCCCCCAGAACCUGAAACAGAAUGUGAUCCAAUACUGCAGGAAAAAAUCGAUCAUUUUCAUUCAUUAAGCAAAAAAGGAGUACAUUUCAACGAAAACCUCUUAAAAAAUAAAGCUUUUCGUAAUCCACAUAUAUAUAAUAAAUUGGUAGAAUUUGUGGAAUUGGAUGAAAUCGGAUCAAAUUUUGAUCGAGAGAUAUUUGAUCCUUAUGGAUUUCCUUCAGAAGCAUUUGCGGAUCAACUCGCGGAAGCUCAAAAGAAAAUUUUAGAGGAACGUGCCGCAGCACAGCAGCAGCAACGGUCACAGAUACAAUUUGUAGGAUCUAGUCCUGGUAGCCAAAAUAUAUCUAAAUCUCGACACGUUAUGCAAAGUCUUGCUGCUAGAGCAGAAAGAGGAUCUACAACGGCUAAUAAUACAACGGUUACGAAAUCAACAGUCGUUACAAACAGUAUCACUACUAGUUCAAAAUCAUCAAGCAGUACAGGAAGAAAACGUGCCAGCAAAUGGGAUGUUCCCGCACCAAAUGUAGCACUACCACCAUCAUCAUCGUCAACAACUUCAAGUUCACGGCACAAUAGUAAUCGUACUAAAAUGUUCGAUAUUUUACAAAGUUUUUUCCGCAAUUAUUUUGUCUGA